CUAUGCGUUCAGCCCCAUCCUCACCAGACAUCCUUCCUGCACUCUACAAGUGUCCCGCUCUCCACUUCGAAGGCGACUCCUCCUCCACCCUGAGGUCCAGCCCCUACCUCGGACCUUCAGCCCGCACCAACCAGAAGAGCCCCAGGCCUCCAGUAAGCCCCACCCUGAAGGCCCCGCCGCUUCCCAGUCCUGCUUUGCCUAAGGAGUUGGCUGUCCCACCAUGGCUCGCGCUCCGGGACCUGAGCGGCGGCUGCUGGCCAUCUACACUGGCGGCACCAUCGGCAUGAGGAGCGAGGGCGGUGUGCUGGCACCUGGGAGAGGCCUGGCUGCUGUCCUGAGGACACUGCACAUGUUCCACGAUGAAGAGUAUGCCCAGGCCCACCACCUGCCCGACGACACGCUGGUGCUACCCCCCGCCGGUCCUGACCAGAGGAUUCUCUACACGGUGCUGGAGUGCCAGCCACUCUUCGACUCCAGUGACAUGACCAUCACUGAGUGGGUUCAGAUUGCCCAAACCAUAGAGAGACACUACACACAGUACCAGGGUUUUGUGGUCAUCCACGGCACAGACACCAUGGCCUUUGCCGCCUCGGUGCUUUCCUUCAUGCUGGAAAACCUGCAGAAACCUGUCAUCCUCACCGGCGCCCAGGUACCUAUCCACGCACUGUGGAGCGAUGGCCGUGAGAACCUGCUGGGGGCCCUGCUCAUGGCCGGCCAGUACAUCAUCCCUGAGGUCUGCCUAUUCUUCCAGAAUCAGCUCUUCCGGGGCAACCGGACAACCAAGGUGGACGCUCGGAGGUUUGCAGCCUUCUGCUCCCCCAACCUGCCCCCUCUGGCCACCGUGGGUGCAGAUGUCACAAUUAACCGUGAGCUGGUUUGGAAGGCCGGCGGGAAGGACCGUCUGGUGGUACACAGCAGCAUGGAGUGUGACGUGGGCCUGCUGCGCCUUUACCCUGGGAUUCCUGCCUCGCUGGUCCGGACCUUCCUGCAGCCACCGCUGAAAGGUGUGGUCAUGGAGACCUUCGGCUCUGGGAAUGGUCCCACCAAGCCAGACCUGCUUCAGGAGCUGCGGGAGGCAGCUGAACAAGGCCUGGUCAUUGUCAACUGCACCCAUUGCCUCCAGGGGGCUGUCACUUCGGAUUAUGCAUCUGGCAUGGCCAUGGCAGGAGCUGGCAUCGUCUCAGGAUUCGACAUGACAUCAGAGGCUGCCCUGGCCAAACUGUCCUAUGUGCUAGGCCAGCCAGGGCUGAGCCUGGAUGACAGGAAGAAGCUGCUGGCCAAGAAUCUUCGCGGGGAGAUGACGCUGCCCGUGACAGAUGAGCACCAGUCCUUGCUGCGGGAUGACUCACUGGGCUGCAGGGUAGCAGGGCUUCUCAGCCUGAAAGGCAGCCAGGAGGCUGAUGCCCUGCAGGGUGUCCUGAUGCCUAGCCUGGCCCUGGCUGCAGCUCAUGCUGGUGACCUCGACACUCUGCAGGCCUUCGUGGAGCUGGGCAGAGACCUAAACCUGAAGGACUGUAGUGGCCAAACCCCUCUGCAUGUGGCUGCACGGAGGGGCCAUGCCGCGGUGGUCACCACGCUGCUACAGAAGGGUGUGGAUGUCAAUGCCCGUGAUGAGGAUGGCCGUAGCCCGCUGCUGUUGGCCGUGAGGGGCAGGCAUCACGGUGUCAUUGGGCUGCUGCGGGCUGCUGGGGCUUGCCUGUCUCCCCAGGAGCUGGAGGACGUCGGGACAGAACUGUGCAGGCUGGCAUCCAGGGCAGACACCGAAGGCCUGAGGGCAUGGUGGCAGGCAGGGGCUGACCUAGGACAGCUGGACUAUGGUGGACGCUGUGCCUUGCAAGUAGCUGAAGCAGCUGGAAAUGCUGGUGUGGUAACGCUGCUACAGAGCUUUAAGGAUGGGCUCAGUGCCCAGCCCCAGGCCCACUAAGUCUUGGGCGGGGCUGAUGUCCCCUCAGUGAGCUCCCAUUGGUCUGAAGCUGGAUCCUGGCACCGGGUAUCCCAGAGCCUGCUCUGCAGACAGCCUGAGGAAGUGGAGGUGGACAGAGGCAUUGUUCAGAGCCUUUCAUGGGGCUCUGGGAGGAGCAGUCUGAUGGGGACACAAGCUGCUGGGGCUUCAUGCAGGCAAGGUCCACUUCAGACCUUCACCCUACCCAGUCUUGAGCUGGGUGACUGGGAGGGCCUGGGCUCCACGGCUGACAUCCAUCUGCACUGCAGUAUUUGGCGGCUCUGGAGUUUUGAGGCUGGCUGGAUUACCCCCACCUCCUGGAAUGGCUGGACUCCAUACACAGAAUACCUACCUGGGGCAGAGUAGGGGAGCCCCGCCCCCAGACACAUCCUCCAUGCAUCCUCAGCAGACCUUGUUUCCAGGAAGUCCUCCUUGGCUUUCAGUCUGCCAUCCCGCAGCAUGCCAUCCCGCGGCAUCGUGAGGUGUUCCUCACUGCCCGAGGGACCUCAGGCACGUACCAGCCGCUCCUGCUGAACUGUGACAAAAUCUGGAGGUCUCUCUCUGU